AUGAGGCUGAUGAACUGGAGCACUUGGUGACAUCGCGGACAGAAUCUGUGAACAUCGACCACCCAAACCACAUUGUAACAGUGACCACCAUCAGCGACCUGGACCUUUCAGGGCCACGCCAGCUGGGACUGACCACCCCUGCGGGAAAAAAUGAUGAAUCAGAAGAAGAGAAAGGGGAAGAGGUGGUGAACAAGCCUGUAAGAACAAUGCCCAAGAAGUCCAGAAACCCCUUCCUGUCUGAAAAGAUCUCUUCUCUUACUGCCACGCUGCACAUGCAUAGCCGGAAAAAGACAAAAGGAAAGAGAGCCCAACGUGGGCAAGGCCAACGCAAGAAAAUCCAGAAAUCCAGCACGGGGCGAACCACUAAGACUCAGCGACGGAGGCUGACAGGCAAAAUGGGCCGUGACCAAGAUUAA